AUGACUGCAAGUCCAGAGAAAAGUACAAGAAAGAGAGGAAGACCACCUAUCACUAAAAAUUAUGCUAAUCCAUUAGAGAGCCCUUUGGCACAAUCCUCGAUGAAAGUACAGAAGCAAGGUACGCAUGUGUUUUCUAAACCAAUGAUGAAAGUAGGACAACUCACACCAAGUUCAAAGAAGAGAAGGAAUAGUAAUGCUGGUCGUUUACAUUCUGAAUCAACUCAACAUUCAAAUUCACCUCUUAAGGAGGGACUUGCCGGAACAAGCCCUAGGAAAGAUAAUAUGGUUAAAAAAAUGGGUACUACAAAGAAUGGAAGAUAUAGAGGUAUCAUAUUGACAACACCGAAUAAAACUUCAUCACAUUCAGCUAAUUCACCACCAAGGGAUAAGAAUAAAUUGAGUGAGAUGAAUAAACCAAAAUUGGCACCAAAUGGUGCUCCUUUAACUCCCAUCACAGACAAAUCGGAAACUAUGAAUGUGAUGAGUGAGAAGAAAAAUGAGCAUAGUGUAAAUUUUUCAUUAUCAUUAAAUAUAAAUUCUAAUGGUAAGGCUACAAUAGGGUCCUCGCCGAAUGGUUCAGUGAAACAAGGACAACUUUAUCAAAUUAAAGAUUUUGUUGCUCCAAUAAAACAAGAUUCAAAUUUCCAAAAGAAGGAUGUGUUAUUCUUAUUAAAGAAAAUGAAGACUCAUACAUUAAGUAAACACAAGAAAUCUGUAAUAUCGAAUGAUAACAUAUCAAAUGUGAAACAUUUAUCAGUACCCAAAAAUGGACCUUUAAAAUUAGAAAAAGCCUUUAGUAGUGGGUCAAUAACAAAUGAAUCAAACAGUUCUUCAAGGGAAAAGGUAACAGAUUCCAAAACGUUAAUACCUUGUACUCCACCUGCUCCAGGACCCAUGUCGCCAGGAAACUUCUUCAAUACUCAAUGGAAAACCGGAUUAACACCAAAUAUAAAUGGUUCUCUUGGAAUCCUAUCGCCUUUUAGGAUGAGCCUCGGAAACAAUCAUUCCGUAGGCGUAACUUCCCAAAAUUGGAAUACAAAGGUCAAUAAUUGCAUUGAUGAACAAUUCGUUACUGAUAAAAGUGAAAAUAGUAUAUCUAAAAUUGAACCUCUAGAUGAUAAUUCCAAAAAGGCCUCUGUAGACGGUUCCAAACAGUAUGGUUUUAAGUAUUUUGUCGGUGAUCCACUCCUUUUGAAUGAUGAUUCAGAGAUAGGUGAACAAGUAUGGCAAGAAAAUAUCAACAUAAGAUCUAAUGUUUUAUCACCAGAACAUUCUAAAGUAUUUAAUACACCACCAUCAUUUGUGAAUUUUGGAUCACCAGGAAGUUUACUGUUUAGCCCUCCUACUCAAAGGAGAAACUCUAGUCUAUUGGCAGCUGGCAAUAUCGACAGUGUGGAUCAAAGUGCACACAUGACUAUGUUGAAGACCCAUCAACAAAAAAUUAACUCAUCAGGAAAAUUAUAUAAUAAUGCAUGGAAGUCACCUGCAUAUAAAAGCUCAAUAGUACCUGUUAAUUUUAAAAAUAAACAAAUUAAAAAUAGCAUAGACUUAUCGAUGCUUGAUGUGGCCCAUUAUGAGUUUAAGGAUGUUAGUCCGAACGGAAAUUUUCAAGCAAACAAUCCUCGAUCGGAAGAAGUACCGCCAUUGAUGCGUCACACAGUAAAUGCAAUUACUAAAUGUCAACAACUUAAUAGUCCUCAUGAACUCUAUUAUACAUCAAAUGCAAAGAUUGAAAAGAGUUUGAAGGUACCUAAUUAUAUCGACUCAAAUCCAGAGAAGGUCGAUGAUGCCAGUAUGGCAUUAAAGAAUUUGAUUAAAGAAGAAAAGUCCACAUCUAAUCAAAUAUAA